UACUAGGGUGGCAAAAUAUGUUUGACCAACGAAAAUGAAAAGUCAAACCUCUACGUGCAAAACUUGGUGCUGCCCACCGGACAAAAAGGUUUGCCAUUUGCUACUAAACCACUGCCACUGCAUUUAAAUUCAAGUUUAAGACGGAAAAUAAUGAAUUAUAAGAAAUGACAGAUUUGCCCUUCACUCAUCUCCCUCACAACGCUCAAAACACGCGUAAUUAGUCCAAAUACGAAGCCCACUUUCGUGUUUUUUUCAGUCCUUUGCUUUUCAACUUCUUCUUCCCCCCAUUGAAAGCCCAUGCAGCUAACUUCUCAAAACUCCUGAAAUUUACAAUCUAGUCCCUAUCAAUUUUUCAUUCUUCGAUUGAAUUUUCAGCUUUUCUUUUCUCGAGCAAUUAAAAAAUGGCGAAGUGGAGUGGGCGUCGGCAUCAAGGGAAGAGAUUCUCUACGGUGGUUUCGGCGCUGUUUAUGCUAUUAAUGCUGACGGUGAUGCUACUGAUUCUUCUCGGUAUCGGAAUAUUCUCGAUUCCGAUUGGCUCCGACGAGGAUUCCUCUCCUAUUGGAGAUCCCGUCAAAAUGAAGCGCGUGACAUUACCCACAAAAAGUGGAGAGCAGUGGACGGAAGUUCUAUCGUGGGAGCCCAGAGCUUUCCUUUAUCAUAAUUUUUUGUCUAAGGAAGAAUGCGAGCAUUUGAUAAAUCUUGCAAAACCUCACAUGGUAAAAUCGAGUGUUGUCGAUACCGAAACCGGCAAGAGUAUAGAUAGCAGGAUUCGUACAAGUUCCGGAAUGUUCUUCAAGAGAGGACACGAUAGCGUCAUUGGAGCUAUCGAGAAAAGAAUAGCGGACUACUCACAAAUACCUCUCGGUACGGAAAUAUUUACGUUCGAUAGCAACUUUUAUAAUUACAUGUUUUGCCACAAAGUGUUACUAUAUUAUUAUUACAUGUUUAAAAUUUUGUUUAUAGAGCAUGGAGAAGGUAUUCAAGUUCUGCACUACGAAGUGGGGCAAAAGUACGAGCCUCACUACGAUUACUUUCUCGAUGAAUUCCACACAAAAAACGGGGAUCAACGAGUCGCCACCCUUCUUAUGUAUUUGUCCGAUGUUGAAGAAGGCGGUGAAACUGUUUUUCCAGUUGCCAAGGGAAACUUUAGUUCUCUGCCAGGAUGGAAUGAGAUGUCCGAAUGUGCUAAGAAAGGGCUUUCGGUAAAACCGAAAAUGGGUGAUGCACUGCUUUUCUGGAGUUUGAAACCUGAUGCAACUCUAGACCCAUCGAGCUUACACGGUCAGUUUCAUUUUUUUCCCGCCCUUUUUUUAAAAAAAAAAUUAUCGUUAACGAUUUUGUGUUCAGGAGCUUGCCCUGUUAUCAGAGGGAACAAAUGGUCAGCUACAAAGUGGAUGCAUCUUCAUGAAUAUUAAGUCGAAGGUAUCAUCAAAUUUCGAUUUUCUUUUACAUUCUCUGUAAAAACACACGCGAUGAGGUAGUUCAUUGUUUGAUGAAAGUUUUGUUUCAAUUUUUCUCAUAAUUGCUUAAAGAUACGUUUGAGGUCGUUCGAUUUACGGUAAUUAUGUUUGCAGGAUUUUACUACUAUAUGGAGAAUUAUUCGGGCAUCUUUUACAUGCAAUACUCGAUUUAUCAGAUUUUAUGCAUACUUGUAACACAGAGUAAGAGCCCGAGGAAAGAUCCAUAAAGACGAGAAACGGAGCAUCGCUAAAUUUGUAACAUAUUGUUAAGUGUGACACUAAUUCUUUUUUAAAUUUGUAACAUAUUUGUUUUCAUGAAAAAGUUUUAAGUCUCCCAUUAACUACUGAUGAUGAAAGAAUCACAGUAUCCACAUUUAGUUAUUUAACAAAAUCGACAAACAAAACGAACAUGAAAAAAAUAAAAGCGAAAGUAAAAUUUGAGAUCAAGGGUAAAAUGAGAAACUUCCAAAUUUCAUCCUAGACCUCACCUUACUAAAUAUGUAAAUUUGUAACUAUGUUAUUUCAAAAGGUGCAACUAUAAUCAACACACAAUUAGAAACUAGAAACUAUAAUUACAAGAAAAAAAAAAACCUCAAAUCCACUAUACCAAAUUCA